AUGGAUAAAAUCAAAACUAGGGUUUUGAAAUCAAAAUCGUCAAACACAACCAUAUCCAGAGACAGUAAAAAACAGGAUAAAAAAAGUCGUAGUAACGCUGAAAUUCAGCCAUUAUCUUUCAAGAAACGAGGUGUUUAUGUUGAGAAAAAAUCGACUAAAACAUCCAUGACUGAGGAUAUUGAAAACACACCAAAGAAACCAAAAGUUAUACCACGUCCAGGCAAGAAACGGUUCCUUGACUCAAUUCUAACCAUUUUAUCUAAAUCCACUACGGGUACCCAAUUUCCAGAAAUGUCUGAUAAGAAUAACAAGAUCAAAAUGAAGAAGAAGAAACUCCACGAACAAAAUUUAAUCGGGGAUCUAAACACUAUAAAGAAACAACCCAAAUACAGAUCAAGAGUUUUGAACGUGUAUAAAGAUUUAGAUAUGGAUAAAGUUGUCGUACUUCAGUCUAAAAAAGAAAUUAUUCAGACUCCAUCAAAUUAUUCACAGAGAAGUAAAGACAGGGAAUCUAUUAAAUGGUCAGAUAUGAUACCUCCACAAAAGACAGACAGUGAUGUAACAGUUGUUCACACGGAUGCGAAAGACCAACAACUAUCUCUAAUAGACCACAUCGAAUACGGGAACGAAGUAAACGAAAGAAAUGACACUCGUAUUCGCAAUAAUAAUGAACCAAUAACACUAAUUGCUAAGGAAGAGCAGAAAGAUAACAAUAAAUUGUAUGACUUUUUUGUUGAUCUCCUUGAAUCUACAUUUAAUGUGUACAACGCAACCGAACAGAAAACAGAACCUGCAGCGAGCAGCAAAUCAUCUAAAUUGGUUUUGGAACCCCACGGAUCGGAGGAUAAUAAAUUCAAUACUGAAAAUAUUAUAGAUUAUAACGUCAUUGAUAAUAAAUUUAAUAUCGAAAAUGUUAUAGAUUAUAAUGGCAUUAAUAAUGAAUUCAAUAUGGAAAAUGAAUACAAUGACAUCGAAGAUACACGGAAUGAAGAAAGAAAAACUAAACAGGAGUAUUUAAUAAGUGAUGAUUGGGACAACACUCUACUAGACGACGUUCCAUCUUUAUCUCUUCGAGAUAUUUGUCCAGAACAACCUUUAACAGCACCAAAAGUUAAACGAAAACUUAAAUCUGAGUCGUUUUCGUACAAAAAGAAAAAUGUACCACCGGUCACCAGGAGUUUUAUAUACCAGAAUGUAAACACGCCCCCUAAGAAAAGCAGUAAGAAAGGUAGGAAGAAGAAUUUACUAAAUUUAUUAAUAGAACAAUUACAAAUGGAAGCUAACAGGUUCGAGCCUCCAAAAAAUUUCUUUGAAUCUCUGCAAAUGAUGGCUAAAUAUAAAAAUCGUUGUCAAAAGUCCAUACAUUUUGAGGAGUCUGCUAAAAAGGUGAGUGAAGGGAGUGUGUAUGAUUGUAUGUACAAACGAUGUCGAGUACUCUCAACCACCAGCAAGAACUCUUCCAAAUCUGCGGCGACCAGGAUUGGAUCGUUCCGUUCCUUCUCUCACAAGUCAACUCUGUACAGUAGAAGUAAGUCUCGAAUAGAUUAUCGUCUGGAUAACGAUGCUGCAUCACGUCUGUCAUUGGCCGUCUAUACUUUUGAAGGAAAUCAACAGCCAAUGGUUACCAGAGAAAAGCAAAAAAAAGGAAGUCACUUAUGA